GGCGGGAUUUGUAUAUUGUCAGGGCGCUACGGGGAAUCAACUAUCGCCGUCGAAGAAACUGGAUUUUACGCGGCCUGUGGGAUUGGUUUAUGCCAAGGAGACCAAGACGCCUCCCACGUGGUGCACCCGAGUUACCUUCACCUGCAAGGAGUCUUUUACAAUGAACGCUCUCGACUAGAGCUCGUUUGGUCAGGAAGAAGGCAAACAGGAAGGAAGUAGACCAUAACUUUGAGGGGCCAUGGCCUACUCCAGCUACAGCAACCUGAGCAGAGCUCAGCUUACCUUUGAGUACCUACAUACAAACUCGACAACCCAUGAGUUUUUAUUUGGAGCCUUGGCUGAGCUUGUGGACAAUUCAAGAGACGCCAAUGCAACUAGAAUAGACAUCUAUACCGAAAAACGACCAGAGCUUCGUGGUGGUUUUAUGCUUUUUUUUCUAGAUGAUGGCAUUGGAAUGGACCCAAUUGAGGCAACCCAUGUGAUUCAGUUUGGAAAGUCAAACAAGCGCUCCCCAGAGUCCACUCAGAUCGGCCAGUAUGGGAAUGGAUUGAAAUCGGGCUCAAUGCGAAUUGGGAAAGACUUCAUCUUGUUCACAAAAAAGGAUAAUACAUUGACAUGUCUCUUCCUGUCGAGGACUUUCCAUGAAGAAGAAGGGCUUGAUGAGGUGAUUGUGCCACUCCCCUCCUGGGACCUGAAAACCAAGGAGCCCCUGACCUCCGACCCUGAGAAGUAUGCAAUAGAAACUGAGCUCAUCUUCAAAUACUCUCCUUUUAAAAAUGAACACCAGCUCAUGGAGCAGUUCAACAAAAUAGAAAGCAGCAGUGGCACUCUUGUGGUCGUCUACAACCUAAAGCUGAUGGACAAUGGAGAACCAGAACUGGACGUAGAGUCGGAUCACCAGGACAUCCUCAUGGCUGGGACACCCGCUGAAGGAGUGAAACCAGAACGGAGGUCAUUCAGAGCGUACACUGCUGUUCUGUACAUCGACCCACGCAUGAGGAUUUUUAUCCAGGGACAUAAAGUCAGGACCAAGAGACUCUCCUGCUGUCUCUAUAAACCAAGGGUUUAUAAAUACUCAUCAACUCGUUUCAAAACACGUGCUGAACAAGAAGUGAAGAAAGCAGAUCAUCUUGCAAAAAUCGCUGAAGAAAAAGCAAGAGAGGCAGAGAGUAAGAGCGUCGCCAUGGAGGCCAGAUUAGGAAAUGAUCUGUCAAAAGAAUCGAGGGCAAUUCUGAGAAAAGUUCAAGAUUCUGCCAUGAUGCUGCGAAGGGACGCUGACAUUCGAAAGAGAAAUCUAGAAGCCAAACAGAAAGCAUUAAAGGAACCCAAGGACUUGAAUUUUAUUUUUGGAGUAAAUAUUGGGCAGCGGGAGCUGGACGGGAUGUUUGUGUACAACUGUUCCCGUCUUAUCAAGAUGUAUGAGAAGACGGGUCCUCAGCUGGAGGGAGGCAUGGCAUGUGGAGGCGUAGUCGGAGUUGUCGACGUCCCGUAUUUGGUGCUUGAGCCGACCCACAACAAGCAGGACUUUGCAGAUGCUAAGGAGUAUCGACACUUACUGAAGGCCAUGGGAGAGCAUUUAGCUCAGUACUGGAAGGACACCAACAUUGCCCAAAAAGGCAUUGUGAAGUUCUGGGAUGAGUUUGGAUACCUGUCUGCCAGCUGGUCUGCGCCUCCAUCUACAGAGCUGAGAUACAAGAGACGCCGUGCCAUGGAGAUACCCAUUACUAUUCAGUGUGAUAAGUGUUUGAAGUGGAGAACGCUGCCUUUCCAGAUGGACGCAGUGGACAAACGCUAUCCUGACAGCUGGGUUUGUCUCAUGAAUCCUGACGGCACCCAGGACAGAUGUGACGCUCCAGAACAGAAACAGAAUUUUCCUGUUGGGGUUUUAAAGAAAGACAAACCAACAGCUGAAGACAAACAGAAAGAGCUAGCAGAGAAAAUCAAACAGCAGCAGGAGAAACUAGAAGCCUUACAGAAAACCAGCACAAUUAAAUCUGCAGGAGACAUCAAAAAGCUCCCACUUGAAGUCAGCAUGAAGCCAACAGAGACUUCGGGUCAGGCAACAAGGUUUUCUGAAAGGACUAUGUCACGCCCACGCUCCCCUCCUCUCCCAGCUCACCUGAAGAAUGCUCCGAGCGUCCCUCCGUCACGCACAGCUUCUCAGCGUCCCACCCGAGCGUCUGCGGCUCCUCCCACUCCGCUUAAACCAGAACUGUCCAGGACCAGAGGUGCAGCAAAGAUCCCUCCGUCUGAAACAAAGGCUACACCCAAAACUUCUGCAAAAACACCUCCACCCAGUCGCAGCUCUCGGUCCUUGACCAAAGCGUCACCCAUCAAACCAGCUGCUGCUGGACAACGCAAGAGGAUGAUAGAGCAAGAGGAAAGUGAGGAUGAGGAAGAUGACGACGAUGAUGAUGAAGAGGAGGAAGAAGACAGUGAGGAGGAGAUAGAAGAAGAACCACAAUCAAAGAAAUCCAAGAUGGCCACAGCUGCCAGUAACCGUGGUAAAGUGGCGGAGAAGGCCCCGCCUCCAAAACGAGGAAAGGUGGAUGAGGAUAAAACACACUCUCAUGCUGAGAAGAAAGGAUUAUCCACUCCUGCACGGCAGCAGCCACCUACACCAGCCUCUGUCUCUAAAGCUGUUCCCACACAACAGCAAGGGGCUAAAGAGAAGGUUCCUGAGAAAACGCAGCAGAAGGAGCCAGAGAAUGACACUAAAAAUGCUCAGAAAGAUAAAGGUCUUCUGGUUGAAGUGCGCGUCAAUAAAGAGUGGUUUACCGGUAAAGUUAUCGCUGUGGAGGCAAAUAAACAGAGCGUUCGCUGGAAAGUCAAAUUUGACUACGUACCACGAGCGACACCCAAAGACCGAUGGGUGUUCAAAGGCAGCGAUGAAGUACGGUUGAUGCGACCACCAUCUCCUAACUCCCAGACUCCCGACACCCAGCAGGAGAUGGAGAAAGGUUCGGCCCCCAUGGAGCCCGACACAACUCAGCCUGGAACCAGUCGAGAGGUGACAGACAGCCUGGUGGCCAUGUUGAGGACGAUGCUUCGUUACUUCUUCCCUCCUGCUUUCCGGAUCCCCAAGGACGAUGUUAACAGCAUGACAGCUGAGGAACUGAUGGCCUUUCCUCUGAAAGAGUAUUUCCAGCAGUACGAGUCGGGUCUCCAGUCGUUGUGCAACUCGUAUCAGAGCAGAGCUGACGCCAGAGCCAAAGCUGUGGAGGAAAAGAACAACAACACUGAGGUCAAACUGAAGGAAGCAGAUGAAAAACUACAAAAACUACGGACCAACAUUGUAGCCCUCCUACAGAAAGUUCAAGAGGAUAUUGACAUAAACACGGAUGAUGAACUUGAUGCAUACAUAGAGGACCUCCUAACCAAAGGCGACUAAAGAAGGCUGAAUGGAUAAACGCAGCAGGAGCUGAUAAAGACUGAGCGUUCACCUCAACUGUUGCUUACUGACAGCUCCCAAGGAACACUGCUUCUGUCCAGUGAUCCAUGAAUAUUUGGGGAUGUUUCAUUUUUUCAAUCUCUCCACAUCUUAAAUCCUAAGUUUGAUUUGUUUCUGUAUUGUUGGUUAGCCCUGUGGUUUUCCUUUUAGCCCUUUUUUAUAUAUCGCCAUAUAGACCAUGUCUAUCUGUUUAAAACAUGUUAUGUCCAUUUAACGUAAUUUGUGUAGGAAGCUCCUUUUUAUAUGUGCAGCUUGUGAUAAGCUACACUUGUUCUUUAUUUGGUCCUCCCAUCAGGUGAAUAUUACACACCGUGAGUGGCAGCACAGCGAGUCAAAAAAACCCACUUCUCUAAACAGUAACUUUUAUUUUUGUACACUAAGGAAAGCAUCAGUGUUGCCUGUUAUUUGUUCAUCCUGGUUAGUGAACCAAGUGUGACAUGCCACAUCCACCAAUGAGAACUACAAGCUUGGUUUUAUCAGUAUAAACGUUCCUUCAAAGCCUCUACACUUAUGCUUUGAUUGUUCUUUGCUUAUGUUUGAAAGAAAAGCUAAAUGUAUGUUUAUCAUUUAGUGACCGUGUUCUUCAUUUUUGAAAAGAUUUUUAGCAAGUCAUGGAAAUGUUUUAUUGAACGGUGCAUGCUUUUCAGUCUUGUUCUAAUUGAAACAAGUGUUGUGUAUUUUUGACAAACUUUACUUACAACAAUAAAACCGGUUCAGGAUCCAUUACACUUUUA